AUGGAUACUAGCUAUAUUGUCAAGUUUAUUUAUUCUGGUGAAGCAGCGACAGUUCCAUUGUUGCAUAAUUGGUCGUUUGUUGACCUAUGCAAUUCAAUACGCUCUCGUUUUCCGGAUUUGAUUCAAGGAAAUUUCAUGUUGAGUGAAAGCGUGGUGAGUAAUACAGUGUGUGAGGAUUCUAGUACCAUGCUUGAGGAGAAUGAUUAUUUGGGGUGUUAUAGGGCAGAGGCACCGAAGAGUUAUAUGACGAAAGGUUGGGAGAGUUAUAUUCAUUCUGAAGGCCAAAAGUUUGAGGGUGGGGUUGUUGAGUUUAGAGAUAAGCUGCGUAAGUAUGCCAUAGAAAUUGGUUUUUCAUAUGAGUUUGUUAGAAAUGACAAGGUUCGUGUUAUUGCUCAGUGUUCUAAGAAACAUUCUCAGGGUUGCAAUUGGCUUGUGAAGGCUCAUUUAUGCAGGGAUAAUGGAUUCUUUAUGAUUAAAAGGUUGGUUAAUGUUCACACUUGUCAUGGUGUGAUUCGUUUGCAGAAGAGUAAGAUGAUGGGAUCCAAGGUUGUCAAGUCUAUUGUGCUUGAUAAGAUUCGUGCCAAUCCAAACAAAAAGCCAAUUGAUAUAGCUGAUGAGAUCAAGAGUGAUUAUGGUUUGGAUGUUCCUUAUCGCUUGUAUCCAGUUGCUUAUGCUAUUGUGGAUUCUGAAAAUGAGAGUAAUUGGAGAUUUUUUCUUGAGGUUUUGGCUGAAGAGUUUACAAAACACCCUAUGAGGAGGGUGACGUUCAUUUCUGAUCGUCAUGUUGGGCUUGUUAGUGCUUUCCCUAGGGUGUUUCCCAAUAAUCCACAUGGGUUUUGUUUUAGACAUCUGAUGGCUAACCUUUCUGACAAAUUUCCAGCUGGUUCUUACCUUAAGGAUCAGAUUCCUUACUUGUUUAUGUGUUGUGCUUAUUCUCGCACACCGGAGAUGUAUGAGUUCAACAUGGAAAUCUUGAGGAGUGAAGGUGGCGACAUAGUUGCUUAA